ACUCCACACGCGACCCGGAAGGCCUUGCUGCCACACUACAGAGCCGGCGUGAAGCGCUUCGAUGGCGGAGGGAGCGGCGGAGGCCCUGACAGACAGCGGUGGCGACGGCGAUUCGGGAGUCAGCGCGUCGGAACGGGGAGUGGCGCCCAUUAAAGCUCAAUACCGGACCACCAAGGAAGAGUUCCACGGAUAUCUGGAAGCCAAAGGGCAGGAGAAGGAGUCAGGAGACCAUGAGGACGGCAGUGACCUGGCAGAGCCUGAGCUCAACAUCAGCGGCAAGCUGUACCUGGCUCCACUCACCACGUGUGGGAACCUGCCCUUCCGGCGUGUGUGCAAGCGCUUCGGGGCCGACGUGACGUGCGGGGAGAUGGCUGUGUGCACUAACCUGCUGCAGGGCCAGAUGUCCGAGUGGGCCCUGCUCAAGCGCCACGCGUGCGAGGACAUCUUUGGGGUGCAGGUGGAGGGCGCCUUCCCCGACACCAUGACCAAAUGCGCCGAGCUCCUGAGCCGCACCGUGGACGUGGACUUCGUGGACAUCAACGUGGGCUGCCCCAUUGACCUUGUGUACAAGAAGGGUGGCGGGUGCGCGCUCAUGAACCGCUCGGCCAAGUUCCAGCAGAUUGUCCGAGGCAUGAACCAGGUGCUAGACGUGCCGCUCACCGUGAAGAUCCGCACCGGCGUCCAGGAGCGCGUGAGCCUGGCGCACUCGCUGCUGCCCGAGAUGCGGGACUGGGGCGUCUCGCUGGUCACGCUCCAUGGCCGCUCGCGGGAGCAGCGCUACACCAAGCUGGCCGACUGGCAGUACAUCGAGCAGUGCGCCAAGGUGGCCAGCCCCAUGCCCCUGUUUGGAAAUGGCGACAUCUUGUCCUACGAGGAUGCCAACCGCGCCAUGGAGACUGGCGUCGCGGGGAUCAUGAUCGCCCGUGGCGCCCUGCUGAAGCCCUGGCUGUUCACGGAGAUCAAGGAGCAGCGGCACUGGGACAUCUCGUCGUCUGAGCGUCUGGACAUCCUGCGGGACUUCACACACUACGGCCUGGAGCACUGGGGCUCAGACACGCAGGGCGUGGAGAAGACACGCCGCUUCCUGCUCGAGUGGCUGUCCUUCCUGUGCAGGUAUGUGCCCGUGGGCCUGCUGGAGCGGCUCCCCCAAAAGAUCAACGAGCGGCCACCCUACUAUAUGGGCCGUGAUUACCUGGAGACCCUCAUGGCCAGCCAGCAGGCGGCCGACUGGAUCCGCAUCAGCGAGAUGCUGCUGGGCCCCGUGCCGCCCAACUUCGUCUUCUUGCCGAAGCACAAGGCCAACGCCUACAAAUAGCCGCCCGCGCCUCCACGGACGCACGCAGGGGACAAUAAAUUCUAUUCUUUUAAUUGUG